AUGAAGCGAUGUGAAGGUGAGAACAGGUUGGAGAAACUGCCGAGAAUCAACUUUGAACGAUAUCUGUUCACUCCUUAUUCCAGUCACGUUUCCGAGUUUAAUCAAAAUCCAGUCAGCAUUCCCAUAUCUUUUGGUGCCGCCAUUUAUGUUCUCCGUGAGAAGCACGACGGGGAGCUGCAACAAGGCCAAAGUUUCAUUGAAACUGAUCAACACAAUGAGAAUGUUGUCGGCUUUUUGGCCAAAUUUCUGACUACUUGCAGUUCGUUUCCUCAGGCUGUUACCAUGCUGUCAAAAGCAAAAACAAGGACCAUCUUUGAGGUCCUACUUUGCCUUGUCCGACAACUCACACCGAAUCUCUUUCCAAUUGGCAUUAAGACUGCCCUUGCAGCUCAGAAGUUGCUAGAAAUUUACAAAGUCCAUCCAUACGAUCACGAUAUUUUUGAUCAACUGUUCAUCAAUUGCCUCAGUUAUUGCACCGAUCGGCCGGACGCAGCUGACUCCAUGCGAUGCACAAAGGACAGGAAUAACAGAAACGACCCGAUCAGUCAGCUCAUUCAGACCACCUACAAAUGCCAGAACCCUUCACGACAGCGCAAAACGCUCCUGAUGAACCGUUUCAACAAACGUAUAUUUCAUGACCUACAUUUGAUAACAGAGGCUCCGCAGAGGAACCUU